UUGCCCACUCUACACGCAAAUAAUAAACACUCCACUCUUGCCACGUUAUGUUCUUUCUCUAAAAAUUCCAGCUUAUCAAAUUGAGUAAUGUUUGACACACUUCCCAACAAUGAGUACCACCCCUUCGAACACCGUUCCUAUUUCUGAGCUCAAUAAAUGGUGCGGAUUAAGCUGUUUGGAUGAAAAAUAUAAGCACAAUGUCAAACUUGCUUAUUUGGCACAUAAAGUCGCCGCUCUCGUCACCACUUCAGACGACGUUUACCUCGUCGGCCGAAACGAACACGGCAGCCUGGGUACCGCCAGUGGGGCCUCAUUCCAUACAAAAUACCCCAUCAAAAUCGAAUCCCUGUGCAAAAAAGGAGUCUGUGCCUUUUCCUUCUCCCGUCAAACCAAACAUCACGACUUCCUCUCCCUCUUCGCCCUAACUGGAGACAACCAACUCUACGGUUGGGGGUACAAUUCCGAGGGGAACCUUGGUCUCGGAUUCGCCUCAGACGAGCCCCCUCGCCCCACCCGAAUUCCCUUCCCCCCCACGGCGAAACCCGUCCACCUCUCCACCGGCGAAGGCCACACCGUCACGCUCACCAAAGACGGCAAGAUUUUCGCCUUCGGAAAAAACACCCACGGCCAAAUCGGCAACGGUUCCACGCUCGAUCAGGUCCAAGUCAUCGAAGUCAAGUUGACCAUCACGCUGGACGCGCGGCGACAGAUUCGCGUGAGUCAAAUCGCUUGUGGGUCGUACCACUCGGUCGCGUUGUCCGAUGACGGAUCGGUCUACACUUGGGGGGCCAAUGAUAAAGGUCAGCUGGGCGAGGGGUCAAAAAUCGGGCAGAAUCCUACCCCCAAAAGGAUCCAGAUGGAGGACAAGGUCAUAAAAAUAUCUUGCGGGAAGCAUCACACCUUAGCGUUGACGGAACACGGGGAAAUUUACACGUGGGGGAGUAACCACCAUGGCCAGUUGGGGAUUGGAUCGACGAGUAAGAGCCGGGCCCCCGUGCGGAUCGAGAUAGAGACGCGGGUCACGGAUAUCUUGGCGCAUGGGUCGAUUUCGUCAUGUAGGUUGGCCGGGACGCCGGGGGUGAUCGCGAUGUGGGGGAAAUUGCCAGAAAUUACGGGGAAAGCGGUGGAUUAUCCGUGGGAAACGUUGCUGGGUGGGAUGGAGGAUGUGUUUUCGAGCUGGGAUACGGAUCCGGGGACGCCGAGAGGUUUGAGGGGGGAGGUGGGAGGAGGGGGAGGAGAGGAUGCAAAUUUGAUGAGGUGGACAGGACUGAAAUGCGUGGAUUACGGGACGAUGCCCGCCCUCAAGUUGGCCUUCGUGUACGGGUCGGGUUUCGAACAGUCGGCCGUGCUGAUUAGUCGGGAGGAGGAUGACGUCUACUUUGUGGGGCGGAGUGUUCAUGGGAGUUUGGGGAGUGGGGCGAGUACCGAGUUUGAGACGAGGGUGCCAAUUAAGAAUAUUAAUUUGAGUGGGAAGGGGAUUUUCUGGAUCGACUAUGGUCUCGACGUCGGUGGGGGUUGCACCUGUCUGUUCGCCUUGACAACUUCUGGCUCCGUCUACUCCUGGGGGUACAACGACUUUGGUGAGCUAGGUCAAGGUUUCUCCUCCCUCGAGCCGGGCGUUCCGAAUAAAAUCGACACGUUUGGUGACACCAUUAAAAUUACACAAAUCGCAUGUGGCUCUGACCACGCUUUCGCAAUUUCUGAAGAAGGUCAUCUUUACGCGUGGGGGUACAAUUUCUACGGCCAGCUGGGCACAGGCUGUUUAGACGAUCAUGUCCCCAGGCCCGGACGUGUGACAGGAUUCAGGUCAAAUGCCACCACCAUCGUGUCCGUGGCUGCGGGGAUGUUUCAUUCCGUUGCUGUCACGGCGGAUGGUCAUGUUUACGCUUGGGGUCAAAACGACAAGGGUCAACUUGGCCUGGGGUGCACCGAAGCGUACUCCGCGACCCCAAUUUUCGUCACCUUUCCUGCCUCCCUCUUCCCAACAAAAAGUGUCGCCUGCGGACCCGACUCCACCCUCGCCCUCUCCGCCGAGGGGAAACUCUGCUUCUUCGGCCACUGCAACUACACCCCCGACAUGGCCGACAGGAAAGGUCUAGUUUUCCAAAUCUGCACCGAUCUCGACCCAACCGACCCCAUCGUCGACUUCGGCACGAAACACUGGGCGACCCUGUACGCCUGCCAGACUGAAAGCGGAAAGGUUUACCUUUGGGGAAAAGUGAGGGGUGGGAAGAAACGGAGUUUGUACGAGGAGACGAGAGCAUCUACGGUGAACGACGUUUUCUCCAUGUUUUCAAAUCCCCCGGGUAUGAUAAGACCCUUGACAUUGUCGGAAUAAGAUUCAUUAUUUUAUUUUUAACCGGUUGAAAUUUAGUCAGUAUUUAAAUAAUUAAUUGUUAAUUGGACGAAUGAAUGUUAAUUUUGUACCUGUGGAAGUUUUAAUUAAAGAGAUGUAGUCAAAUAAAUAAUUUAAGUGACGAGUCCAAAGUUAAAGGA